CGUUAUGUCAGAGAGGGUUUCUCUCUGGCGAGCUCUCUGGUUGUGUAAAUAACUCAAUGUGAUUCACGUUAUCACUAACUGCGAAUUUAAGGUGGUGCUAGUCACGUGAUAUAACGUUCCAAGAAAUCAAUAAUAAACACCUUAUAAAUAAAGCGUCUUUAAGUUAACCAGAGUAUCAUCGAGAGAUUCAAAUAUAUUACAUUUAUACAUAAUGGAUGCCAAUGCUAAAUGCACAAUCCUCGUGACUGGCUUUGGUCCAUUUCUUACGCAUACAGUGAACGCUAGCUGGGAGGCGGUAAAAGAAUUGCAGCAACUGUGGAAGAAUUCCGUGGAAUUUUCCGAUGUUAAACUGGUUGUAGAAGAAAUUCCAGUUUCAUACGAUUACGUAUCUGAUUAUAUCCCUCAACUCUGGGAGAAACACAGGCCUUCAAUUGUCCUACAUGUGGGUGUAUCGCAGGAAGCUAAAUCUCUAACAAUAGAGCAGCAUGCUUGCAGCAACGGCUACGAAAGAGUCGACAUAUGUAAUAAAUGCCCCGAUGAAACAGAUGUCGAGUAUAAAAUUCUGGAAACUGAGAUAGAUGUCAAAGAACUUUGUAAUAAUGUGAAUGAAAACUUCGAAAGAAGCGGACGCAAAGCUUGCCUCUCGGUUAAUGCCGGCAGAUAUUUGUGUGAAUAUAUAUUUUAUCAAUCACUCUGUAUUGAGCCAGCAAAGACUUUGUUUGUGCACAUUCCAGAUUUUGACAAAUAUUCUAGUGAACAAACUGCGAAUGGUUUAUAUGACAUUUUAUGUUACUUAAUAAGAAAUUUGGAAUUGAGCUAA